UUAGCCUCACACCCCGCGAGUUCAACUCCUAUGGGGCCCGCCGGGGCAACGACGCUGUCAUGACGCGAGGCACCUUUGCCAACAUCAAGCUUUUAAAUAAAUUCAUCGGCAAGCCGGCUCCUAAAACAAUCCACUUCCCAACAGGACAGACGCUGGACGUGUUUGAUGCCGCCGAGUUAUAUCGGAAAGAAAACAUCCCUCUGAUUAUCUUAGCCGGCAAGAAAUACGGAUUGGGCAGCUCAAGGGACUGGGCUGCCAAAGGGCCCUUUUUAUUGGUAUUCCAUUUUUUAUUCCAAUCCUCGUCAUUAUGUCCCGGAAGCCUUCAUUAACUUCAACCUGCUUGAUUCCUUUGGAGAAACUGCUGUCUUUCAUUUUGCAGAAGAGAAAUUGCUCCUCUCUCUCUCUCUCUUUCUCUCCCUCUCUCUCUCUGUCUCUCUCCCUCUCUCCUGAACAUGUACAAACUCAUUUAUAUCAAAUUUGGAGUCUGUCGUUAUACACGGUGGCUCAGUAGCUAAGAUGCUGAGUUUGUCGAUCAGAAGGUCAGCAGUUCAAAUCCCUACUG